AUGGCCGGCGCCGGGAGGAAGGUGGCGGUCGCCGCCGUGCAGUUCGCCUGCACCGACACGGUGGCCGACAACGUCGCCGCCGCCGAGAGGUUGAUUAGAGAAGCUCAUAAGAAAGGCGCAAACAUUGUCCUCAUUCAGGAGCUAUUUGAGGGGCACUAUUUCUGUCAAGCUCAAAGGAUGGAUUUCUUUGGGCGUGCCAAGCCUUAUAAAGAGAACCCGACUAUAAUGAGAAUGCAAAAACUUGCAAAGGAGUUGGAUGUUGUAAUACCUGUAAGUUUCUUUGAAGAAGCGGGCAAUGCUCAUUACAAUUCCGUGGCCAUUAUUGAUGCUGAUGGCACCGAUCUUGGCCUAUACCGCAAAUCACACAUUCCAGAUGGACCAGGUUAUCAAGAGAAAUUUUAUUUCAACCCGGGUGACACUGGAUUCAAGGCUUUCAAAACCAAGUAUGCAACAAUUGGUGUUGGAAUUUGCUGGGAUCAGUGGUUUCCAGAGACCGCAAGGGCUAUGGUGCUACAGGGGGCGGAAAUAUUGUUCUAUCCCACUGCUAUUGGUUCUGAACCCCAGGAUAUGAACCUGGAUUCCCGUGAACACUGGAAGCGUGUCAUGCAAGGCCACGCCGGCGCUAACUUGGUUCCUCUUGUUGCUUCUAACCGGAUAGGUAAGGAAACUGUUGAGACUGAGCAUGGCAACAGCACCAUAAAGUUCUAUGGGAACUCAUUCAUCGCAGGGCCAACUGGAGAAAUCGUGAAGCUUGCAAAUGACAAAGACGAGGAGGUGCUCGUCGCGGAGUUUGACUUGGACGAGAUCAAAUCUACGAGGCACGGCUGGGUUGUUGCAUUCCUGCUCAUCGGCAAGAUGAUGUUGUUCCUCGGGCUCCGGGUGGGCAAAGUGGAGCAGCUCCCGCGAUGGUAUCCUCGCCUCCCGCAGCACCAGCCAGCCGCCCCCGCGCUGCGCCGAUCACUGAUAUGGGCGGCGGGAACACCCUUUUCCUUGCCGUCUUCAAUGUCGUCGACCAGGCGUCGAGGUCACCUGAGCUCUCCAAGCCGAGGCCCUCGAUGCAGAGGCCAAGGUGGCGGUGGCAGAGGAGGAGGUGGUGGUGGGGCAGGUGGCGGAGCGAUGACCGUUGAACUUGAGCAUUGUCUGACGAUAGUCCUGGCCAUGGGCAGCCCGGCCUGGUCGGCCCGACCCGGCCUUGUCCAUGGGCCGGGCUCGGGCCUAGGUUUUGAGCCCGAUGGCCGGGCCGGGCCCGUCAUUUUUGCCGUUUAA